GGGUCGCGACGCCGCCGCCGCCACCGCCUGCAGACGCCGCUGACCACGAUGGCCUCCCGGUUGCUGCAGCUGCUGCUGGCGAUCGCGCUCGCCUCCGCUAGCGCAGGACUGAAACAAGAAAAGCGGAGCGUCCUCGACAAGGAAAUUGGAAUAGCUACAACAGGCUCAGAGUCAACAGCGUCCGCUGAAGGCGUGUCAAGUCUGCAAGCCGGAGCAGAGCACUUAGGAAGAAGCAUAUUAUAUGGACGCAUUAAACCGGGUGGAGCUACAGUGUCUGAAUCGGCAGCACAGUCUUCAGCAGCGUCAUUAGGCGGUGGUUCCGGUACAAUUAGCGGAUCUUCAUCAGAGUCAAGUUCAAAUGCUAUUGGAGGAGGAUUUAAUGGUGUCGGUAUAGCUGGAUCCUCUUCAGAAUCUUCAUCUGGCUCUUUUGGCACUGGCCUAGGAUACAAUGGUGCAUUUAGUGGGUCGCAAUCCCAGUCCGGUGCAAUAGCAGGUGGACUAGGUGGAUUUGGUGCAUCUGGAUCUAAGUCACAAUCCUCAAGUGGAUCUUUUGGGGGUGGCUUUGGAGGCAUUGGUGCCGCUAUCAGUGGAUCACAGUCUGAAUCAAGUGCUACUGGUGGAAGCUUUCUAGGAAGACAUGAUAUCAGUGGUGCAGGAUCACAGUCUGGAGCAAGUUCGAUUGGAGGUGGAAUAGGUGGAAUUGGUGCAGCUGGAUCACAGUCACAAUCUGAAGCAUCAGGUGGAUCCAUUGCACGUGGAUUUGGAGGCCAUGGUGCAGCUAUCAGUGGAUCACAAACUGAGUCAAGUGCAAUUGGUGCAGGCUAUCUCGGAGGGCAUGGAAUCAGUGGUUCAUCAUCUCAAUCAGAUGCUAGUUCCAUUGGAGGUGGAGUUGGUGGAUUUGGUGCAUCUGGAUCUCAAUCACAGUCAGCUGCUGAAUCUCUAGGUGGAGGGUACAGAGGUCAUGGUGGAGUAGGUGGAAUUGGUAAAGCUGGGUCACAGUCAUCUGGCGGAGCUAUUGGAGGUGGGUAUGGAGGUCAUGGCGGAAUUGGUGGAGUUUCUGCAUCUGGAUCACAAUCACAGGCAGCAGGUGGAUCACUUGGAGGUGGCUAUGAAGGUCACGGUGCAGCUAUCAGUGGCUCACAGUCUGAAUCAACUGCUAAUGGAGGUGGCUAUCUCGGAGGGCAUGGAGUUAGUGGAGCAGGAUCACAGUCUGGUGCAACCUCUGUUGGAGGCGGAAUAGGUGGAAUUGGUGCAGCUGAAUCACAGUUGCAGUCAUCUGGUGGAGCUAUUGGAGGUGGACAUGGAGGUCAUGGUGGGGUAGGUGGUACUGGUGGAACUGGAUCACAGUCACAGUCAUCUGGUGGAACUAUUGGAGGUGGGUAUGGCGGUCAUGGCGGAGUAGGUGGAAUUGGCACAGCUGGAUCACAGUCACAGUCAUCUGGUGGAGCUAUUGGUGGUGGAUAUGGAGGUCAUGGUGGAGUAGGUGGAAUUGGUGCAGCUGGAUCACAGUCACCUGGUGGCGCUAUUGGAGGUGGACAUGGAGGUCAUGGUGCAGUAGGUGGAGUUGGCGCAGCUGGAUCACAGUCGCAGUCAUCUGGGGCAGCUAUUGGAGGUGGAUAUGGAGUUCAUGGUGGAGUAGGUGGAAUUGGUGCAGCUGGAUCACAGUCAUCUGGUGGAGCUGUAGGAGGUGGGUACGGAGGUCAUGGUGGAGCAAGUGGAACUGGUGCAGCUGGAUCACAGUCGCAGUCAUCUGGUGGAGCUGUUGGAGGUGGACAUGGAGGUCAUGGUGCAGUAGGUGGAAUUGGUGCAGCUGAAUCACAGUCACAGUCAUCUGGUGGAGCUAUUGGAGGUGGAUAUGGAGUUCAUGGUGGAGUAGGUGGAAUAAGUGCAGCUGGAUCACAGUCAUCUGGGGGAGCUGUAGGAGGUGAGUAUGGAGGUCAUGGUGGAGUAAGUGGAAUUGGUGCAGCUGGAUCACAGUCACAGUCGUCUGGUGGAGCUAUUGGAGGUGGGUACAGAGGUCAUGGUGGAGUAGGUGGAAUUGGUGCAGCUGGGUCACAGUCAUCUGGGGGAGCUAUAGGAGGUGGGUAUGGAGGUCAUGGUGGAGUAAGUGGAAUUGGUGCAGCUGGAUCACAGACACAGUCGUCUGGUGGAGCUAUUGGAGAUGGAUAUGGAGGUCAUGGUGGAGUUGGUGGAAUUGGAGCAGCUGGAUCACAGUCACAGUCAUCUGGUGGAGCUAUUGGAGGUGGAUACGGAGGUCAUGGUGGAGUAGGUGGAAUUGGUGCAACUGGAUCACAGUCAUCUGGGGGAGCUAUAGGAGGUGGGUAUGGAGGUCAUGGUGGAGUAAGUGGAAUUGGUGCAGCUGGAUCACAGACACAGUCAUCUGGUGGAGCUAUUGGAGGUGGACAUGGAGGUCAUGGUGGAGUUGGUGGAAUUGGUGCAGCUGGAUCACAAUCAUCUAGUGGAGCUAUUGGAGGUGGAUACAGAGGUCAUGGUGGAGUAGGUGGAAUUGGUGCAGCUGGAUCACAGUCACAGUCAUCUGGGGCAGCUAUUGGAGGUGGGUAUGGAGGUCAUGGUGGAGUAGGCGGAAUUGGAGCAGUUGGAUCACAGUCACAUUCCUCUGGCGGAGCUGUUGGAGGUGGAUACGGAGGUCAUGAUGGAGUAGGGGGUAUUGGUGGACCUGGAUCACAGUCAUCUGGUGGAGCUAUUGGAGGUGGGUAUGGAGGUCAUGGUGGCUUAGGUGGAAUUGGUGUAGCUGGAUCACAGUCACAGUCAAGUGCUGGAUCUAUUGGAGGUGGAUUUGGUGUAGGUGGUGCAAUCAGUGGUUCACAGUCUCAAUCUGGUGCUAUUGGAGGUGGGUAUGGUGUUGAUGGAGGAAUCACCGGAUCACAGUCACAAUCCAGCUCAGGAGCAUUUGGUGGUGGGUACGAUGGGUUUGGUGGUUCAUUUACUGGGUCCGGAUCCCAGUCAUCAGCUGGCUCACUAGGUGGCGGAUUCGGUGGUGGUUCAUUUACUGGAUCUCAUUCUCAGUCAUCAGCUGGUUCACUAGGAGGUGGACUGGGUGGUGGCUCUUUUACUGGGUCUGGAUCUCAUUCAUCAGCUGGUUCACUAGGUGACGCAUUUGGUGAUGGUUCAUUUACUGGAUCUGAAACUCAGUCCUCAGCUGGCUCACUAGGAGGUGCACUUGGUGGUGGGGCAUUUACUGGGUCUGGAUCACAAUCGUCAGCUGGUUCACUAGGAGGUGGACUGGGUGGUGGCUCAUUUACAGGGUCUGGAUCUCAGUCAUCAGCUGGCUCAUUAGGUGGUGGAUUUGGUGGUGGGUCAUUCACUGGAUCUCAAUCUCAAUCAUCAGCUGGUUCACUAGGAGGUGGACUUGGUGGUGGAUCAUUUACUGGGUCUGGUUCUCAAUCCUCUGCCGGCUCACUAAGUGGUGGAUUUGGUGGUGGUUCAUUUACUGGGUCUGGAUCACAAUCAUCAGCUGGUUCACUAGGAGGUGGACUUGGUGGUGGCUCAUUUACUGGGUCUGGAUCACAAUCAUCAGCUGGUUCACUAGGAGGUGGACUGGGUGGUGGCUCAUUUACAGGGUCUGGGUCUCAGUCAUCAGCUGGCUCAUUUGGUGGCGGAUUUGGUGGUGGUUCGUUUACUGGGUCUGGAUCACAAUCAUCAUCUGGUUCACUAGGAGGUGGCCUUGGUGGUGGCUCAUUUACUGGGUCUGGAUCUCAAUCCUCAGCUGGCUCACUAGGAGGUGCACUUGGUGGUGGCUCAUUUACUGGAUCUGGAUCUCAGUCAUCAGCUGGAUCACUAGGUGGCGGAUUUGGUGGUGGGUCAUUCACUGGAUCUCAGUCUCAAUCAUCAGCUGGUUCACUAGGAGGUGGACUUGGUGGUGGAUCAUUUACUGGGUCUGGUUCUCAAUCCUCUGCCGGCUCACUAGGUGGCGGAUUUGGUGGUGGUUCAUUUACUGGUUCUCAGUCCCAAUCAUCAGCUGGAUCACUGGGUGGUGGGCUUGGUGGUGGCUCAUUUACUGGGUCUUCUUCUCAGUCAUCAGCUGGGAGCUUUGGAGGUGGGUUAGGAGGAAAUAGAGGAUUUCCUUUAGGUUUUUCAGGUUCAGAAUCCCAAUCUUCGAGUGUAGCAGGAGGGGCAGGUCAUUUUGGAGGUCUUUUGCCAGGUGGUAUAGGAGGUGGAGCUGGUGGUCUCUUUGGUUUGUUUGGAUAAGUUUCAUUUAUAAGUGACAGACUAAACGCUUAGUGAAAUGACUAAAUGAGAAUUCUUUAUAUUUAUAUAAAUUAUUGUUGAUAUAGAUGUGUUUAGGAGAGUAUCCUUUCAUAAUUUGCCUUUACAUAAGUGUAGACAAGAAAUGACCUCAAGUAUCCUAAUAUAAUGUGCUGUAUUAUUCCUAUAAUGUACUGCAGCAAUGAUUCUGUUGUUAAAGUAGUGAAUUAACUUAGGCAACAGCGUUUUAAUAUUUCAGUAAUGAGCCUCUGAAAAAUUAAUGUAUUUUUUUUAUUACUCCAUGCAAUUUAUUCUGCUCUGCUGAGAAAUGUAAUAUAAGCUAGGGAAAAUUAAGAACUAAUCUUCUUGCAUAUGAGCUCAUCAGUCCUGAAGUCUCUGCAAACUGUGAGAAAUCUUCAUUUCUAAUAGCUAGAAUUACAUUCUAUCGAUGUUAGCGUAAGGUUACUGAAAGAUAGAAGCAGAAGCCUGUUGGAAGAUAUUUAGCGCUACUUUUUUAAAAACGGCUUACAUGUUCUUCUUCUGCGUCGCUGAAUAGCACUGAGUAGAUCAGAACCGUACAUUUAUUUAAUCUUAUACUAUGCAAGACUGUGAGUAGCGUUUUCAAAAAUCAUUAUAUUUGUGUCAAACUUAAAUCCCUUUUUUUCCUCUGUCGUCCAUUCGGACUGACUACACAACAUUUUUCUUUAUGCAUAAUUCUCCUUGUUAUGACGCUGCCUGGGCCCGACAAAUAACUGCAGCGACAGACGGAAGGUAUUAAGAUGCAGAAUUCGUCGUCUUGGAACAACGGUCUUCUGAAAAAUGGCAGGGAUAUGCUAAAGUCUGUUGAGAUAUGUCACCAACUAUUUUUUCUAUGUGAAAAGGUGUUUGUUGUGACAUCUGAAUAAAACACAUCCCUCCGAGUGAAGGGAAUUUGUUAGAUGUAUUUCGUGCAUUCUGCUGUCACUGAUAGCAUCAAAGAACUGAAAGUGUUAAUGUCGUAAUUAUGCAAAUUUGUGACUCGAGAUUUUCUGCAUAAACAUUUUUGUCAGUUAACCAGAAA